CGCGACACUAUAGGUCCAAAGCACGCUAACGAGAGCCACAACCCAUACGCUAGUGUCGCACUCACCGAGAAACGUCACUGUAACGUUAACAUGCCCGAAUUUGUAUGCAUCCGGUCCUUGCCCGCGCCACGUCCGAGCGAGCUAUGCCCUGUGACCGAAAAACAACGGUCAACCCGCUGUCCCGAGCCUCCGACUUACGGAGCCACGUCCGGUCAUGACAAAGCCUAUCAGUCUUCGUGCUAUCACGCAAACGACAGGGCGUCCAAGUAGAGUUCGUCGCGGCUGUCAUGAUAUACACUGCCGCCUUGGUCGCAGCAGGGAGACCCUGUGCGACGUGAGCGGACGACGGUGAUAGUUGCUGACGGGGGGGAUGACGGCGGGAAGGGGGAGGCGAAGUGCGCGUCGGUGGGAGCUUAUAUAAGUAAGAUCACUGAUGGUGAAACAUGUUGUGGACGCUUGUGGGUGCAGCACGCCAAGUCCUCAAGGGCCCCUGCCGCAUGUCUACUCACCCUCGGGAACCGAAUACGAGCUCCGUGUACAUAAAUACAAGCCUGCGAAGGUCAUCUUCACCUCACGCUUCGGCGUCUCUUCAUCGCA